CGUGCUCCGAGUCAGUGGCAAGUGCUCACAACUGCGAGCUACAUCAUGAAGGAUCGCAUACAGGAUGCAAACUUUCCCAAGACAGAAGACGGUCGAGUGUACCACUUGGGUAUACGAGCAGGAGAGGUAGCUAACAGAAUUAUUACUGUUGGGUCCAUGUCACGAGCAGAGAGUAUCGCAAAGAUGCUGGACGCCUCCCCAAAAUUAUUUUCCCUGUACUCGGAACGCGGUUUCCUUACCAUCACAGGCUGCUACAAGAGUGUACCAGUAUCCAUAGUAUGCAUAGGUAUGGGCGCGCCUAAUGCAGAUUUUUUCAUCCGCGAAGUCAGAGAAUGCCUGCGUGGGGACAUGCUUGUAAUAAGGCUGGGGUCAUGUGGUUGCUUGACUGACCUUCCCGUAGGAUCGCUCGUCCUGCCCGCAUCGAGCGUCGCUUGCACCCGAAACGUGGACUUCGAUUUUGCUUCCUGCGAUCCUUGGGAGGUUCCAUACAGGUUGAGCAAGCCCGUCUCAGCAGAUCCAGACCUUCAUAGAGCCCUGUAUGAUGCCCUUGAAGCAACACGGCCACCUUCGCUCAAAACCCUUGUGGUUUCGAACGCUGUCAAUGCAUCGACCGACAGCUUCUACUCAUCUCAGGGGAGACAGACGUCCUUUCAAGACCACAAUGCUUCUUUGAUCGAUCACCUCAAAGCCGCUGUAUCUGGUCUGACAACGCUAGAGAUGGAAACGUUUUGGAUAUUCCAUCUUGCGGCCAGCUGGCGUGGAGUUAAACAGUCGAGUUCGGCUGUCAAUCCGCCAUUAGCUACUGUUCCGGUCGUACCAGCAUUCUCGGGAAUACCCAACGGGAUAUCAGAAAAGGUGGAAGUGGCCCUUCCCAGUCUUGAUGAGAAUACUUCUUCCAGACCGGUGAUUAGGGCUGCAGCCGCCCAAAUGGUAUUCGCUUCACGAAGCUCUCAAGCGUUCAUCACUCCAGACCAGGUGAACGAGCUCGAAAGAUGGAGCGGUCAAGGCGUGCUCGAAGCCCUUGUCAGAUUCGAUGUAGCCCCUGAAAGACUGCACCCUGUUUCUGGAAGUGUAUGGAGUCCAAUAGAACCUUCCAAGCCAUUGAGGGCGUUGUUGUAACAAUCCGGCUCCGAGUCGUCUUUAAUACCACAGGGAUGUGCACCGCUUGCACACCGCCAAAUCGUUUCAAACAGGGAGAUCCUUCUACUUGCUAAACCCCACACCCUGCGGCCAAUUAGACAAAUUGCAUGAUGUCAAACCCUUUUUUCGCUAGUGCCUAUUCCACAGUGAAACAGGAUGAACGCGCAAGGCACAUUGGCCCACUACCGUCUCUUGUC